AUGUUUCAGAUGUCAAAGACGCUUUUUAGCAAAGAGUUUACUACCCACAGUAUAAGACGGUCUGCAGCACGAUGGGCCGCAAGGUGUGGAGCGAAUGACAGCUCUAUUAAGAGGGCAGGCCAAUGGUUUGUGAGCUGAUGUAGAUUUUAACCUUGCAGUACUGAAAUCUCAAAGUCUAUGUAUUAAAUCUACAUCUAACAAUUGCCCAUUUUAUGAAAUCUAUUUGUUUUAUAUGUUAUUUUUCAAACUACUUUCACUUCUGAUGUCUUUUGUGUCUGUACUUUAAUCGCAAAUUCCUAUAGAGCAAUCAAAACAUAAGAAUUACAGCUGCCAUUGUAUAAUUUAAUUUGAUCUAAAACUUGAAUAAUCUGAAUGAUAGCUGUUUUGCUUGACUGUAGUUUUGUUAUUCAUAGAUGAUCAGUUCUGAAAUAAGUGAAUUGGACUAAAUUAAGUGUUUCAUUUUGUGUUUCAGGAAGUCCAACAGUUUCGAGCUAUACACCCAAGAUGCAAGGGCAGAGAUGACUAAAGAACAUCAUGAUGGUCAACCGGUGUCAGACCACAAAAUGUGGAUGUUCAAACCCCUGAGAUAA